UUUCAGCAAGUUGGAAGCAGAAGCUGCAAGCCCUUGAAGAGAUGGCAAAGUCAGUGGAUUUCUCCGUUUUCAGCAUUCUGGUGACAGGAUCGGAUCGAGGGAUCGGUCUGGGUCUGGUGAAGAGGUUUCUGGAGCUGCCUUCUCCACCCGAAUGGGUCUUUGCUACAACCCUUGACCUGGAAGGAGAAGAAACCAAGACGUUACUAAUCUUGAAAGCAUCCAAGCGGCUCGGAAAGAAGUGGAACAGUAUACUGGAGAAGGCAUUCCUACCCCUGCUGAAGAAGGCAGCCCAGAGAAGCCCAUGUCAAGUGCUGAGCAGUAGCAAGGCGGCCAUCAUCAAUAUGUCCAGCAUUGGAGGCUCAAUUGAACGUAUAGGUUAUUGGGACCAAGCUAAAGUAAUUGGAUACCGCUGCUCUAAGGCUGCUCUAAACAUGCUCACCAAAUGCCAGUCCCUUGAAUAUUCAGCCGAUGGGAUUAUGAGUGUCGCCAUACAUCCUGGUUUAGUCAAAACUUCUCAAAAGAUAACUAUGGGAAUCAGUGUGGAAGAGAGCACGCAAGGCAUCGUGACUGUGAUGUCCAAGCUCUGUGAAGAGGACAACGGGACCUUUCUGGAUUGGUUGGGUCGCCCAAUUCCCUGGUGAUCCAUUGGUCUCACCCUUAAUAUUAUUGACUCAUAAUGGAACAAGAGCAACAGAGCUGCCAAUAAACCACUGAAUGUCAUGAAAAUCUUAGUUUUGUUUUCGGCUUCUUUCAGAAGAUUUUUUUUUUUUAAAAAUUGACCAAUAUUGAAGAGGUUAGGAAGACUGACUCCAAUCUUCAAUCUGUUAUGGGGUAUCGCCAUAACACUAGCACUUAGAUUUACACAGUAGAACCCAGUGGUGAAAUCCAAAUUUUCUUACUACUGGUUCUGCGGGCAUGGUGUGGCUUGGCGGGCAUGGCUUGGUGGGUGUGGCAGGGAAGGAUACUGCAAAAUCUCCAUUUCCACCCCACUCCAGGGGAAGGAUAAUGCAAAAUCUCCAUUCCCACCCCACUCUGGGGCCAGCCAGAGGUGGCAUUUGCCAGUUCUCCGAACUACUCAAAAUUUCCACUACCGGUUCUCCAGAACCCAUCAGAACUUGUUGGAUUUCACCUCUGGUAGAACCUCUGGUCACGACCAUAAUUUGUUCCAUAACUUUGGUCGUAACCCGAUUUGGUCAUGACCCGAACCUAACCAAAAUUUGGCGCUUACAAAAAAAAAUGGUGUGGAAGGGAAAAUCGGCCGUGGCCGUAUUUGAUCACUACCCGAGUACGUGUUUGUGACCAGAUUCAAAAAUCUUGUGAAUUUUUUGGUCGGAACCCGAUUUGGUCAUGGUCAGAAGUGUUCAUAAUCUGAGGUUCUACUGUAUACUGCUUCCUAGUGUUUUACAGCCCUCUCUAAACAGGUUACAAAUGUCAGCAUAUGGCCCCCAACAAACGGGGUCCUCAUUUUACCAGCCUCAGAAGGAUGGAAAGCUGAGACAACCUUGAGCAAGUCAGAAUCGAAUUCCUGACGGUGAGCAGUGA